CGGCGCGGGAGACGGUGAAGGAGGCGGCUGCAGCAGCACCUGGGCCGGCGUUGGGACCAGGAAGUGCGAUAUGUUGCAGUAGACACCGGCUCUUGAAGUAGCUUGUGACAUUACCGGAGGAGAAUGGCGGAGUGGAGGAUUUGCGUCGUGGUUCUGCUCUUUGUCGGUUAUUGUCUUCUACAAGUUUGUGGGCCAGGGAACGUCACCUGUACUGUCACUCAGGGCACUGAUCAAACCACCUACAGCGUCCCAGAUGAGGGGGCAUCAGGCUGUAGCUAUUCGUGGGCCAACGCAAGUGACACAGGUCACUCCGUGCUCGCGAAUCAAGCAGAAUUAACUAAGGAUGGUCCAGUCAGGAUUGCGAACGUGAGCACCUUCAUCACCUCAGAAUGCUUCCCACAGGUCAUCUACAGGGGAGACUGUCUUUCAGAGAAAGAAGAGCACACAUCUAACUGCACCAUUGUCUGCCGUGAAAAGGUCGUGCCUCCGGAAGGACCUGAGUUCCUGGCUGGUUCUUGCUCUCCACAGUCCGCCCGUUCUCCUCAGUCUGAUUCGAUGAAGCUGUGCCAACUGAGGAUUCUCUUCAUCUUCUUCACUCUUCACAGUGACAUAGUCAAUCUGCAGCAGAAAGUCUUCAGCGGCAGCGCUGAUCCGCCUGCGUACCGACACCUGCAGCAGCUGCACGUCGCACAUGUUCCUCCUCUUGCGCACUUUGAGUCUCGAGCGAACAAAGUGAGCCAGGGUCUGGUAACAGGAGACAUCCGAGCUCAGAGCCAACAGUGA